GACUAUCGUCAACUCUUGAGUUUUACGGUUCAUUCAGUUUAUUUUGAUAAGUUCGAAGAUGUCCGGACGUGGAAAAGGCGGCAAAGUUAAGGGAAAGGCAAAGUCCCGUUCUAAUCGAGCUGGACUUCAAUUCCCCGUUGGUCGUAUUCAUCGGCUAUUGAGGAAAGGAAAUUACGCUGAACGUGUUGGAGCUGGAGCACCAGUUUAUUUGGCUGCAGUUAUGGAAUAUCUUGCUGCUGAAGUUUUGGAAUUGGCUGGUAAUGCAGCUCGUGACAACAAGAAGACCAGAAUCAUUCCAAGACAUUUACAAUUGGCUAUUCGCAAUGACGAGGAAUUGAACAAAUUAUUAUCUGGUGUGACUAUCGCUCAAGGUGGUGUUCUACCAAACAUUCAAGCUGUUCUAUUACCGAAGAAGACUGAGAAAAAAGCUUAAUCGAUAUUUCAUAGACUUCCCUACCUUUAUACGGCCCUUUUCAGGGCCACCACA